AUGACCGCCAUGACCGCCAUGACCACCACUCCCCUAGCGUCUUCGCUUCUCCUCAGAGCUCAGAGAUUUUCUUUGGAACUUUCGAGAGCUUGUCAAGCAAUCGCAAUUGUACGCCAGCAAUCUACACAACACAAUACUGCUUCGCAGCCUUCUGCCGCGUGUUCACACUCAUCUCCGUCCAAACUCUCCCAGAAGCGAAAUAUGUCGUCCAGCCCUCGAUUGAGAAGCUUGAAUAUUGACAAUAUCAAUCCCCAUGUCAAAGAAGCGAAAUAUGCCGUACGUGGUGAACUGGCGAUAAAAUCCGAAGAAUAUCGCGCCCAGCUGAAGAAAGCCGCAUCGCAAGACCCUCCUACUCCACCAGACUCGCCUCUUCCUUUUGACAAGGUCAUCUCAGCCAAUAUCGGCAACCCACAACAGCUUGGCCAGAAGCCCAUCACAUUUUUCCGGCAAGUUCUGUCACUGCUGGAAUACCCACCUCUACUAGACAAUGAAGAAGCUCUGCGCACCAGCUUUGGCUACAAGCAGGACGUGAUAGAUCGCGCCAAAUGGUUGUUAGAGGAGGUCAAUUCUGUCGGAGCGUACUCGCAAUCCCAAGGAGUGCCUACGAUCCGACAAUCUGUCGCGCACUACAUCGAGCGACGUGAUGGCUACGCCUCCGACCCGGCCCACAUCUAUCUCUCUGCCGGUGCUUCCUCAGGCGUCAACACCUUGCUGAAUGUCAUCUCCGCCUCUCCUAAAACCGGCGUCCUUGUCCCUAUCCCCCAAUACCCCCUCUACACCGCCACGCUCGCCGUCCUAAAUGCACGAGUUGUGCCGUACUACCUCGAUGAAUCCAGAGGCUGGACCACCGACCUCGGCACAAUCAAGGAGGCUUACCAAAAAGCAAAAGCCGAAGGCAUUGACGUCCGCGCCAUCGUGGUCAUCAACCCUGGGAAUCCCACCGGAGCUAGCCUAUCCGCCGACGACGUCGCAUCGGUGAUCAAAUUCGCCGCCGAAGAGAAACUAGUCAUCAUGGCCGACGAGGUCUACCAGACCAACAUUUUCCUCGGCACGUUUACUUCCUUCAAGAAGGGAUUGAGGGAUCUACAAAACUCCGACUCGACGGGGAAAUAUGACAACGUGGAGCUCGCCUCUCUAAACUCGAUUUCGAAGGGCAUGGUAGGCGAAUGCGGACACCGAGGUGGCUACUUCGAGCUCGUGGGCUUUGAUGCAGAGGUUCAAGCACAGAUCUACAAAUUCAUCAGUAUCAUGCUCUGUCCGCCCGUAGUGGGCCAGUGUCUCGUGGAGAUGAUGGUUAAUCCACCGAAGGAGGGCGAUCCGAGCUAUGAGUUGUACAAUAAGGAAUACAAUGGUAUCAAAGAAGGCCUACGAGAAAGAGCGUACGCGCUAUACGAAGCAUUCAAGAAGAUGGAGGGCGUGGAGCUCGGUGAGCCGCAGGGAUCCAUGUAUCUCUUCCCAACAAUACACCUCCCCACCAAAGCAAUCGAAGCAGCAGAAAAAGCAGACCGCAAACCCGAUGAGUUCUACUGCCUACGACUCCUCGAUAGGACGGGGGUCUGUCUCGUUCCUGGGACUGGGUUUGGACAGAAACCCGGGACGCUGCAUUUUAGGACUACGUUCCUCGCACCCGGGACGGAGUGGGUGGGGAGGAUUGUAGACUUUCAUCGGGAGUUUAUGGCGGAGUAUGCGUAA